AUGAGAGUUAUAUUCUUGUGUGCCUUUGUGACAUUGGCUGCCGCCUCCCGCAAUCAUCAGAUUAUAGUGUUGAAAAGUGAAAAUCCUACUACUGAGUACAGAGAAGAGGAUUCAAAAGGAUUUUAUUCGUACGGUUAUAGUAGUGAUGAUUCUGCCAAAGCUGAAUAUAAAACUAGAGAUGGUUCCUCCAAAGGAUUUUACUCCUACAUAGAUACUGAGGGAAAAUUGCAGACUGUGAAAUAUGAAGCUGGUCGCAGACAGGGUUUCACAGCUUCCGCCACCAACUUGCCUACACCACCCAUGGAUAAUAAUCGUGCUCCCGAACCAGUACAGGAUACACCCGAAGUUGAAAUGGCUAAGCAGGCUCAUUUUGAGGCUUAUCGUGAGGCGGCCAUUAAAGCUGCCAUGCAGCCAGACACUGGUGACAAUGGCAGUGAUGCUGAGGACGAUGCUAAUGAGGCAGCAAAUGCCAGCCAAGCGGCCCAGCAGGAAUCUGAUUUACAACAAAAUACCCGUGAAUUGCUAAUGAAUCGUCAAAACUCUCGUGAACAGUUAUUGCAACUUUUGCGAGAACAACAACAACUGCAACAACAACAGCAGCAGCAACAACAACUGAUCAGCCAACAUCCACAACUUAUGACAACCUAUGUCUUAAAUGCCGAAGCACGCGUUGAGCAACCUACACUUUCCGAACUGAAAACCAUUUAUCGUUUGGAUAGUUCCGACUCUAAGGUGGAAUUGAAACUUGGCGGUUUAGAUUUGGAUAACAGUCAACAAAGAUCCUUGGAUUUACUGCAACAAACUGCCCAUGUGCCACAACUGUCGGCUGAAGAGAGUUUAGGUUUGGGAUCCUUUGAAUCCAUACGUGUUCCCUCCAACUCCUACUACACAGUCACCAAUCCCGAUACCCAUUAUACCGUUGAAACACCCACUGUGUUGACCACUUUGCCACGCCUAGUCUCCAUUAGUUUGGGCAAUCAUCGCUUGCCCAUCUCCUUGAGCACAGCCUUCUCUUCACAACGCCUGGGCGGCAAAUCAUCAACCCAUUAUUACUUAAUUGCCGGCAUUUUGGCUGAUUCGUAUUUGUAUCCAGUGCCAUUACAACAAUUGCAAACUCCCUUACUGGUGGUAAAAACACAACAGCAGCCAGGAUUACAGUCUCAACAGCAACAACAACGUCAGCAGAUUCAACAAUAUUUCAGCCAAGAUAGUUUGGGUCAAUAUUCUUAUGGUUAUAGUGAACCAUUGUCGACCAAGCAAGAAAUUCGUACUCUGGACGGUGUAACUAGUGGUUCCUAUUCUUACAUCGAUGCUAAUGAUCUAUUACAAACUGUUGAUUAUACUGCUGAUGACAAGGGUUUCCAUGUGGUCGCCACCAAUUUGCCAAAAGAUACUCAAGAGGCACCCAAACCUGUACAGGAAACUGCUGAAGUCGCUGCUGCCCGGGAACAGCAUUUAGCUGCUCACAAAGCCAUACUUGAGGGUAAUCUUUCGGCUUCUUUUAUACUCCCGAAACCUGUAGAGGAUACCACAGAAGUUGCUCAGGCUAAAAAAGAAUUCUUUGCCCUUUAUUCUGCUGAGCAGGAAAAACAAAAAUUAUUACAAAAAGCGGCUCUAUUGAGAAAUAAAGAGAUUAUCGUGUCUAAUCCUGUUAAUGCUGUACAGCCUACAUUGACGGUAUUUAAGUCGAAACCAGCUGUUGUUGCUCACAAUUUCCCCAGUUCCAAAAUCUAUUUUCCAACCCGUGUUGGCGGUUUCACGUAUGGCUAUCAAAUUGGUGGUGCUAUUAAACCUACACGUUAUUAUUUGCCCCUGGCUUAAAGUUCUUCAAAAAAAAAACAUUUUUAACUGAGUUGACUAUUUGUAUAUUAUGGAUAUAAAAAAUAAAUGUUAUUAAACUUGAAUUCUA